AUGAUUGGAAGUCUGUUCUUCAUCUUCAACCGCUUGGUGGAGAUUGUAUUCCUGAUUCCGAUCAUUGGCAUGAUGGCCUACUUCGUCGACGGCUAUCUCAAAGCAAACCAGAUCACCCCGCCCUACAUCCUGGUGCUCUUUAUCGUCAGCGUGAUUGCCGUCUUCUGGGCCUUUGACACGCUCAUCCGCCAUUCGACCACGAAGCGCUCUGCGUUCUUCGUCGCCUUCGUCGACCUCCUCUUCUUCGGCGCUUUCAUCGCAGGAGUCUACGAGCUCCGCUUCAUCGCGGACGCCGAUUGCGCUCACUGGAAUGGCGGCUCUGUGUGGAACCACCUGUACCUGGAGAUCAACAAGACGUGCGCGAUGCUGAAGACUUGCUUUGCGCUGGGGAUCAUGGAGACGGUGUUCUUCUUCUGGACGGCUAUCCUGGCGCUCUUUAUCUACAGAAGGGACAGGGAAGUGGUCGUCAAGGAGACAACGACGGUGCGGAGGAGGAGCCACAGCAGCCGACGGGGUCAUGGCCACAAGCAUCGCAGCUCCUCGAGGAGUCGCCAGCACUAUGUUGUCUGA